CAAGCGCAUUGUUUUUCGUUUUUGGUUGAAUGUCCGCAUGAUUUGACCGUGUUCCAUGAACUUCUCUCAAUGUCGAUCCUUUUUCAUAUUAAUACUGUCUUGUAUCAUCUGUCCAUGGUUUAAAUGAUUGGAUCGUCAAAUAAGUAUCAUUACCCAAGGUAUUGUAGUGAGCAAGCAGUAUUGCCAAGAACUUGGAUAAAGCGGCUCAUUAGUUUGCUCAUUUUUCGGUCCGAGUACCAAUGUUUUCAUUCCCUGUUUGAUUGGGCCCAUCACACAGCGCUCAAUUUUUUUUUUCACUUUAAUUUUUCCGUGUCAAAUUUUCCUCUUUCUCAUUUCCUGCUAUUGCCAACUAUCCCGCAAUGUCAUGGCAGCAAACAAAGACCAUUCUCAAAAUUUAGCGGCAUUUACUGAAUGUCUGAAAUCAUGGAAAGUUUAUAAUGAUCAAGGUGCCAAUCUGUUGGCUCAAAUAAAUCUUGACGAUGAUAGCAAUCAUCAAGAGAAUGCGCGUCAGAUAAAAGAUAUUGUUCAGAAUCUCAAGCAGGUGCUGGAAACCAUGCAUGAGAAAUAUAAUGAGAGUUUAGUACUCCACAGUCUGCAACAAACCGCCGCUCAAAGCGAUAUCACUGUGGAUGGCCCGGAAUGCAUCGAAACUAUGCGAAAAUGCAUUGAUAUGCAUGAGCAGGAAUAUAUGAUCAAGAAAUCCAUUCAAUCUAUUCUUUGUCAGGAAGGUUUUGCAACCCGGCAACAUUUGACAGGCUGUAUCGCGUUGUGGAAAACAGAAGCCUAUUUGGACGAUGAAGUGCAAGAAAAAUUACGACAACUAUCUGGCCCUUCAUGAAUAAACCUUACCCUGAAAAUACAAUAGUCGGUCUCGCG